AUGAUAUUGUUGCUAUUCGUGCUCGUCGGCUUGAUUAGCGCGAAUCUCGAAUUCAAACCCUACAUACCAGCGGAGCAAUACAAAUGCGGCUCGUUCGCCACUGAACGAAACGCGCGCAAAACCGACAACGUUCUGGCGUUCUAUUAUCAGAACAUUGAUCAACUCAUCGCCUGGAUAUCGUCGCCGUUUGCACAUCAAGAACUUCUUACAAAUAAGGCGCUACUUGGCGACAUCGACGAACUUCAAGAAUCGCUCGAGACCAAAUAUUGGCAGUGGAUUGAGUGGCAGAAAGGAUGGAUUGGACUUUCACUAGGGAUCAUUGGAUUCAGCAUCCUCUUCGUAAUAUUCUUCAUAUUAUACAAAAUUUGUGCGUGUUGCUGCUCAAGUAGCUCUAAAAAACAAAGCACUGAUGCGAAACAUGACGCCUGUAAGCGACGAUGUUUCAAUUUUAUAGUUUUUUUCCUAGUGAUUCUCAAUGUAUUUUCUGCUUUCACCCUCCUCAUGACUAGCCAGUAUGCCCAAAUCGGAUUGGAUCAGCUACCGAAUCGAGUAAAUCAGUGCAUUGAUGACUUGAAUGUCUACAAAAGAGAUAAUGAUAUGAGAAUACGAAAACUUCUUAUUGAAGAUUAUCAAGUUCUCAAUAAGACCAUCAAUAAUCAAUUGAAAAAUGCUGGGCAUAACGUAGUGGAUCGUGUGAAGCGAUUAACAGGAGCUCACGUCAUCGAUGUGUUCUUGAAUGUGAGCAGUGUAGCGCAAGAUCUUCAAAGUGGCCUGGAAUACGUCAACGACAAGAUUAGAUUCCUAAAUGAAGAAGGGCAACGAUUUGAGGCUGAAUUCAGUCGUCUCAGAAACACCGCUCAUGACGAGCUUUUGCAAUGCGUUGAAAAUGAGAUGGAGCCGGUGAAAAGCAUGUGCACGAAGGCGGAACGCCUUCUGGAAAGUUUGGCAGUCACACAAUUCAAAAUUGAGCCUAAAAUUUUGAGUGCCAAUACGGAAGCAGCACUAUCGCAAAUUGUAAACGCCAACAUUUCUCAUAUACUUGGCGAAUCGAAUGCUCAAUUCGCCCGACUUGAAUCCACCAUUCAACAUGAAAUUAACAAGGAAACUCAUGUUGCUCAAAACAUGCUCAGACAAAUUGGCGAUGAUCUUUUUGUGGUCGCCGAGACGAUUUCAACCCAGCUUCGACAAGUCAACUUUGAGCAGUUAUACAAUAGUGUUUCGUAUAUUUCGGACACCAAAAAGUCACCAACAAUUAAAUAUGUGCAAUACAGUUGGUAUGCGUCCCUAGCAGUUUCCAGCCUCUACAUUCUCAUCGCUCUGUGCUUCUUCAUCGGAGUAUUGUACGGAUUGUGUGGAAGGCGCCCAACAUAUUACAACGAUGAUUGUUGUGUAAGAACUACUGGAGGCCGAUUCUUCCGUUGCGGAAUUUGGGUGUUCAUUGCGCUUUUCGUGUUCAUGGCAUUGGCGACGGCGAUCAUCAUUUUUGUCGCUGGGAACAUUUCGAGCAACGUUUGCCAACCAUUAAGAAACCCGCUUACAAGGCCAGAUGCUCUUUCUCUGGCCGAACGAUAUGUUGAGAUUUUGAAAAGCAAAUAUCAAUUGAGUCAAGAUGUCAAGGAGUUGCUUGACAAAAAAACUCCCGUUGAGAUCAUUCGAGCUUGCCAGAGGAACGAAACUCUCUACAACAUGUUUGACUUUGACAAGAAGUACCACCUAAACCAGUUGAAGGAAUUUGAGAAGGAAGCUUACAACCAAUUAAAGACAUAUUUGGAAAGAAUGAUGGAAAACAUGCCGGACGUGCGACCACUAGACGCUUUUAUUUCCAAGAAUGAGCUCAAUGAUUUGGAAAAGUUGGCCAAUGUGAAUAUUACAAAGUUCAGUCAGCAGGGUCUCAACGCGAUCAAACACGCGAUGGAUGAGUUGGAUCUCAUCACUAAAACGCGCGAGUUUGAGGAGAGCUUGGAUUUGUCGGCGGGACGUCCAAAAGCUGUCACAUUGGUGCUUGAGCAGAUUCGCGAGAUGGAAGUGGAAUUCGCGAAGCCUCUUCGAAUGAGAUUGGAUUCUUUAUAUACAAACAUCACCCUUUUAGACCAAAGGCUCACCCAACUCCAACUUCCAGUUUCUUCUCUUCUAGUGAAACUCCAACAUGCGCAAGCAUUAUUAUCGGAGAAUAUGAAAGAGCAUUUUGCUCGCGCGGCCAAGGAAGAGUUUGAUCAGAUGAUUGCACAUGUUGAUGAAUACAUCGAUCAUGUGAAACAAGAUAUGCAAACGGACGUCACCUCAUGUGUUCCAAUCUCAAGAAUCGCUUCCUAUACAACCUCUGCACUUUGUCAAAACACCAUUGACCCUCUUAAUGGCACUUGGAUGUGUAUGCUGAUAUGUUUGAUUCUAUUGGUCCCAAUUGUCAUCAUCGCAAAUGCCCUUAUCUCCCUUUAUGAUAAAAUGCACGCGUUUCCAAAAUAUAUUGUUGAGCCUCCAGCGGACACUCAUCAUCAUAUGUCAUCAUUUAUUACGGAUACCUAUGACACUCGCCCAAAACAUAGUUACUACACCUACACUGACGACUAUCAACGCACAUUUCGGUGA